UCGUCGUGCUUCGUACUUCACAGCGUACAGUACGAUACUGAGAGCUUCAUUAAAAGUCACGCGUUUAUCGUGCGAAGAACGCAGUCGGUCGCGAGAAGCCGCAUCGUGCGAGUGUGAAAUAUCAUCGUGUACAGGUUCGUCUACAAAUACGUGGAGUAAGCUCGACCAAAGAGGUUGUUUCCUGUAACGGAGAAUUUUGCAGUAAAUCAUUCAACGCUAAACAAUGAGACCACAAAACCAUGAGAAUAAUUUAACUUCAGAAACUAUGGCGUCUAAUGGAUACCCCGCUGCCGAGACUACUGCCAAAGAAGCGAGGAAUCACUCAUCCCCUUGUGAGUCAGUGAAUUCGAUGCCUUGGUUUGGAAUGGACAUAGGUGGUACACUAUGUAAAUUGGUGUACUUUGAACCUAAGGAUAUAACAAGAGACGAGGCCGACGCAGAAGUUGAAACUCUGAAGAAUAUACGUCGGUACCUUACAAAAAACUCGGCGUACGGAAAAACCGGACAUCGCGAUACGCAUCUACAGAUGGAUAAUGUUUGUAUUCGAGGCAGACGAGGUACAUUACAUUUUAUAAGAUUUCCUACGAGCGAAAUGGGAAAUUUCUUAGCAUUAGCAAAAUCGAAGGGCAUGGCGAAUCUUGUAACUACGGUUUGCGCCACUGGAGGUGGUGCCUUCAAGUUUGAGGAGAAUUUCAAGAAGGAAGUAAACAUGAAUUUGGCGAAAUUUGACGAGUUAGAUAGUUUAAUACGUGGAAUGCUUUACAUUGAAACCACCAAUCCACACGAGUGUUAUUAUUGGUCGAAUCCCACUGAUAAUAGCAGAUGCCAGAAAGUACCUUACGACUUUUCCGAACCGUAUCCUUUCUUGCUUGUUAAUAUAGGCUCUGGAGUAAGCAUAUUAACUGUGUAUGGACCAGAGGAUUAUAAAAGAAUAUCUGGGACGAGUUUAGGUGGUGGAACAUUCUUAGGAUUGUGUUGUUUACUUACUGGGUGUAACACUUUUGAAGAAGCAAUAGAGUUGGCGACGGGUGGUGAUAAUACAAAAGUAGAUAAAUUGGUUAAAGAUAUAUAUGGCGGUGAUUAUGGUCCUUUUGGUCUUCCCGGCGACUUAGUUGCUAGCAGUUUUGGACAAAUGAAUUCCAAAGAUCGCAGGAAUGCAGUCACGAAGGAAGACUUGGCACGUGCAACGCUUGUCACUAUUACAAAUAAUAUCGGUUCCAUUGCACGCAUGUGUGCCGUUAAUGAGAAAAUUGAGAGGGUCGUAUUUGUUGGGAAUUUUCUCAGGGUAAAUCCUAUAUCGAUGAAAUUGUUGGCCUACGCUAUGGACUAUUGGUCUAAAGGAACCAUGAAGGCUCUGUUUUUGGAACAUGAAGGUUACUUCGGCGCUGUGGGAUGUCUGUUACAAUUUAAUGGCGAGUCGAACUAAACGCGAGGGACAACAUUGGGAAACGGUCAUGCAACAUGUAGCAUUCCAUAAAUCAAACUUAUUCGUAGAAUAAAUUUUUGAAGCUACUGUUCGCGACAUAGCUAUUUAUUUUUGUUAUAUUUUUUUUAAUUCCUCAGAAAUCCAUGUAUCAGGAAAGAGAAAGAGAAAGAGGGGGAGGGGAGGAGAGAAAAUAACUGUUUAUUAUGCAUACCGCAAGACAGAGAGAUGUCUUGAUAUUUAAGUACAAUUAAUAUUAUAUUUAUGUGAAUUGUCCUUACACAACUUAUCAUAAUUUUGAUAUAGAAAGCAAUAAUUUCGGGGUAUUUCAUUUUGUUUGUCAGAGGCAGCUGUAUAUUGUUUAAGCUAUAUAAUCGUUCGAUUAUGAGCACAAAUUCAUCACGACUUGGCGAUAAUGGACCAAAUCCAAUGGGAUUGAGAAUCGUCCUGUCUCCUAUCUAUCCCGAUGUUCGUUACAUGCCGUAUAGACUAGUUCUACCUCAUAAUUUAUAUUGAACUUUUCUACGAAUGCACAGGUUUUUAUGUAUAUAAGUAACGGCAGUCGUUAUUACAAGUUGCACGACUUUUCGUAAGUUUAUAAUCAGCGAACGAAGCCAUUCUAGCGAUAGAUACUUUUGCACGAUCGUCAAUAUGCGUCAUUCUGUUAUUAAUAUGUUGUGUGAAGUAGGCAAAUUUUUAACUGAAUUUUUAUUCAGACGUUUUAGUGAGUUGUCUAGAAAAUGUUAUUAUUGUUUGCAUAGUGGAUGAAACCGAGUCUUACAAAUUUUUACAAGUUUCAUUGUAUUUACAAAGUUCGAGGUUACUUCGAUAAGAUAUCGCGAUUUGUAGUACGUGGCGCACGUGUCAUUCGGACAUUACAAGAUGAUGCAACUACGCGUUAAAUACGUUAAAUGCCGGAUGUUAAAUCAUGAUUCCAAGAAGUAUAAUAUAUAACGUGAAUAAAUAAACGUAAUUGAAAUACUGAUAUCGUUGCAAAGAAGAAGUUCGCACGCGUUUUGCGAUAUACUGUAUGACCCCGUAUAUACGUUCUAUUUUAAUUGCCUGACGUUAGUGGCAAUUAACAUAGUUUUGUAUAUGUUAUUUGUUAUUCACCGUUAAUUUAAUAUAUUAUCGUGAGCAUAUCUUUGUACAGAACGAAUAGCUUCUUCUGUUACAAUGUAUUGUGGAAACAUGCCAAACGAACUUUGAUAUCAAAUAAACUAUCAUUUUAA